AUGAUUGAUCCGGACCUUCAAGCUAUUGUUAUUGACAACGGUUCAAUGUGAUGUAGAGUAGGAUACGCUGGAGAUGACACUCCGCAAGCCGUUAUUCCAAGCAUGCUCGGCCAUAUAAAAUUUGAAAAAAUAUAUCAUAAAUCAUGACAAAAAAGAUUUUAUGUUGCUGAUGAAGUCCUAGAGAAGCAAAAUGACCUUGAUAUUAAAUACACAGUUGAGCAUGGUAUUAUUACGAACUGAAAUUACAUAGAAAAAUUAUGAUAUCACAUUUUUUAUAACGAGUUAAGAGCUCCACCUGAUGAGCAUCCAGUUCUCCUUACUGAAACUCCCUUCAACCCUAAAGACAACCGAGAAAGAAUGACCCAAAUAAUGUUCGAAACUUUCAGUGUCCCUGCAUUUUAUGUUGCUUCACAAGCAGCGCUUAUAAUAUACAGCUCUGGUCGAACUUCUGGUAUCGCUGUUAAUUCAGGUCACGGAAUAACUUAUAUCGCACCAGCUUAUGAAGGUUAUACUUUACCUCAUGCAAUUCAAAGGGUUGAAAUCACUGGAAGCGAUUUGACUAACCAUUUAACCAUCCUGAUGACUGAAAGAGGAUAUUCGCUGACUAAUUCAGCUGAAAGAGAAGUUGUUAGAAAUAUCAAAGAAAGACUAUGCUAUGUGGCUCAAGAUUUUCAAGAAGAAAUGUCCAAAACUUCAUCAGAAUUUGAAAAGAAUUAUGAAAUGCCUGAUGGAAGCACAGUGACUCUUGGAAAUGAAAGAUUUAGAACUCCAGAAGCACUAUUCCAGCCUAGUUUACUAGGACUUGAUAUUGAUGGAAUUCAUGAAAUAGUUGAUAAAACUAUCAAGAAAUGUGAUUUAGACAUUAGAAAAGAGCUAUAUGAAAAUAUCGUCUUGAGUGGAGGCUCAACUAUGUAUCCUGGAAUUGUAAAAAGACUUGAAAAAGAAAUUCGAAAUAAAGCUUUAUCUAGUUUUAAUGUAAAAAUUUUUGCAUCACAAGAACGAAAAUGCGCUGUUUGAGAAGGAGGAUCUAUUCUUGCCUCACUCCCAAGUUUUCAAAAAAUGUGGAUCACUAAGGUUGAAUAUGAUGAAGUCGGAGCUCAAAUCGUUCAUCGAAAAUGUUUCUAA